UCGCGCAUAUAUAUAUAUAUAUAUGCAUAUAAGCACUGGUGUUUAAAGGGCAAUCCCACACAGAGAGGAUAGGCAAUGCCAUACCUCCCUGUCAGUGGCAGUGAUCAAGUGCUCUGGUGUACGUAAAGGUCAGGGACCGAGCUUCAGGGGAAUAAACGAGCAUGAAUCGAUCUACGCAUCCAAGUCGUUAUUCUAGAGGAAGCCAGGCGUAUAGGGGAAAUGAAAUAAAUCAAAACAACAAUAUGAAGGACGGCGAGCAGACGAAUGAAAAUUACUGUGAGAAUAACUCACCCAGUACUUCAAACCCUCAGAAUCAGCCAACACACUCGGAUGGAUACACCAAGAUACCACCGGAUGAAUCAAGACGGAGCAAACUGCAGAGGAUUGCACAGAAAGAAGAGGAGGAUCUGAGGAGAUGGAGAGAGGAGAACCGCUCCGGUCCCAUUCAGCUGGCUCCAGAGAGACUAGGUGGCGCAGUAUCACUGGCAGAAGUCAGACAGAGACAGCAGGCGGAAUCCCGCCAGUCAAAGCUGAGAAAAAAGCUUCAAAAAGAGGAAAUGGAUAAAAAGAAGAGACAGGCAGAGGAGGAGGAGAAUGAGAGGAUGAAGGCCUUGCAACGAGAGAAGGCCACUAAACUAGAGAUGAGGAAAAAGCAAGAAGACGUACAGAGAAAGAAGCUUUACCAACAUGACAAGCAAAUGAAAACCGAGGAGUUUCUUCAAAGAUUCGAGAGGUCCAGCAGUAGUGUUUCUAUGGCAGCAAGCAGUUCCAUACCAGCAUCAUCCUGGACUAAAAGUCAUGAGUACAGAGAAGCCAGAAGAGAGGAGGAGAACGCUGACCUGCUUAAGAAGAAAGAGGAGCAGAGGAGAAAGGCAGAAAUUUUGGAGGAAAAACAAAAACAACAGGAGGAGGACAGGAAGAGACAGACCGAAGCUGACCAUCGGCGGGUGAACAUGGCCUUUCUAGAUCGUCUGGAGGGAAGUAGUUCAGGUAGGGUGCCUGAACCCGUAACCCAAACCCCUGAAAGCAUCUCGCUGGAUGAUGGUGAUGAUGAUGACGACGACGAUGACGAUGAUGAACCGCAGGAUACAGCCUUAUCCAGAGUACCCAACCCAUCACAGCUCCACACAGACUGUGGAGAGGAGGAUGAUUGUGGCCACAUGUGGGCCCUAAUGAAACUCCAGAACAGGUUUCCAUACUAUGAGCUUGAUAUGCUGGAAGAGAUCGUCAAACAGUGCAAUGGCAAUUACCAGGAAGCAUAUAAGCUGCUUGAUGUGUAAUACUUUCUUGUUUCGACCGUCAGUGAUAGGUUGAUCCUAAUGUUGUUUUGGGAGUAAAUAAUAUUUUUUGGGGUGAACUGCCCCUUCACGAACUGCCCCUUCACUUUUGUGUCCUCUGAAUUGAAACAGAAACUUAUGUUUUAGUUUGUAGUUAUUUUUGCCCUGACACUAAAUGGAUUGACACUUAGUCACAGAGAAAAGAAAUCAAAACAAUAAAUCAAGUUUUGAGUCUGCUUUGGGAACAUUUAUGGAUCCCAUGAGUACAAUUCACAGGCUAAAUGAUGUGCAUUCACUAAAUUCAAAGGCUAAUUUAUAAUGAGGUAAAAGACUGAACUCAUCCACCAUAGGGAUGGACAGUGAAAAACUAAACCAUUUUACAGAUCAUUAGCUUCCUGAAUGCUGUAUAGGUUUCUGCUAAAACUGCAUUCAUUUAAAAAAGCCUUUACAGUAUGUAUGUGAAAUAGAGUGCAACACGGGUUGCAAAAAAAAAAAAAUCCCAUCCAUUUUCUCCAUUUAGGACUUGUUUUUCUCCAUUGUGGCACUGGUAUUUCCUUAUGUCGAUGCUAUCAGUUUUAUUAUUUUAAUUUAUAUUUUAAAUAAUUGCUUUUAACUUCAUAAUUCCUUUUGAAAUAUUCUCAAACAAAAAGAGAGAAAUGUAGCUCUUUCCCAUGUUAAAGCCGUUAAGUACACAGUCUUAAUUUUUUUUGUUUUUGUAAUGUGAUCCAUCUCUUAACUGCAUGGUUUGGUUCAUGGCUUAAAUUUUCUUAAUAAAGACACUUUUUACUGUUUGUAUGGGAAAAUGAGUGGGAAAAAUACUUCUGGAACAAAUGCAGCAGAAAACGUAGGCAGGCAUAGUUGCACUCUAUUCAGCAGAUUUAAUCCUGGAGCAAUGGAAGAGACAUCUCAUGGGUGUGUUAUCUUAAAAAAAAAAGAUUUGAAGGUGUCCACAUGUAGAAAAAAAAAAAAGUUUAUAGAUUUGUGUUGAUGUGUUUAGAAAAUUGCUUAAACUACCACAAAGUAGGAUUCUAUAUCUUCUUUGAUAAAAGUGAAUUUACAAAGAGAGACACAAAUGGCUCCAAUUUUGUCAAUGAUGGAGAAAGAGUUGGUGUUUUUGACUUGAGGAGUCAACGACUUCAGGUUCAGGUGUGGAGAAAACACCAACUUGUACAUCCCACGGUACAGCUUUCUUGCUUUUUAAAAGGUUUUUACCCUGCUUGGUGAACAAAAUAAUGCUGUGUGAUUCUGUGUGAAUUGCAAUAACAUAGCUACCUUGUGUUUUUGUUGAAGCUCGAUCAAUCAUGUUCCAGCUCAGGAAGAGUUUCUCAUGUAAAUGUGUUCACUGCAUUAAACAUGCUGUUUCCUGUGACAGCUUCCCUGUC